AUGGAAGCUAUAGACCAAGUCGUUGAAUCCUUCCUUCGUCAGGAUGGACCCCCCCUACCUCGCGUCACUCUUGGUGCCGUGAAUCGAGAUGGAACUCUACACUACGCCAAGUGUUUCAGUGGUGACUCGGAAGAAUCUUCCAGAGCUGAUGACGUGCAUUGGAUUGCAUCUGCAACCAAAUUCAUCACAAGCAUCGCUGUCAUGCAGUGCGUUGAAAGUGGCCUGCUGGACUUGGACGCAGACAUAUCCUGCAUUUUGCCUGAGUGGAAGCAUCCCAAAAUCUUGAUUGGGUUUAAUGAGAAGGAUGAGCCCCAAUUCCGACCCGCAAAACGGCCACUCACUCUCCGACUUCUCCUGACGCAUUCAGGUGGACUAGCCUACACCUUCAUGCAUCCGCUGGCGGUUCGCUACCAGGAACUUCAAGGCGAGCGACCUCUAUUGCUGCAGACAAUUAGGGAAUCAUUCCCCACGUUUCUGGUAUUUGAGCCUGGAGAACAAUGGCUAUAUGGUCCUGGACUCGAGUGGGCUGGACUGAUGGUCGAGUAUGUCACCGGAAUGAAACUAGGCGAAUAUAUGAAGAAGAAUAUGUUUGAUCCUGUCGGAGCUAGCGACAUCACCUUCCAUCUCAACGAGAGAUCAGACCUUCAGUCGCGAAAAGUGAAGUUGUGGGAACGGGAUAACGACGGACUGAAAGAGGUCACCGACUUUUGGUGGCCUGAGCCGGUCGUCGAUGACAUUGGAGGGGGAGGUAUUUACGCAAAUGUUUUUGAGCUACUCAAGAUCUACCUAGGUGUUAUGCAAGGCAAGUUGCUGCGACCAGAGACUCUGGAACUGAUGUUCAAGCCGCACCUUGAGAGCCGCAAGAACUUGGAUAAUCCAGAGGAGCACUGUCUGGCGAAUCGCAAUGCCAUUUACAACGCCGUCCCCAACUACGUCCCUGUCGACUAUGGGCUUAGUGGUUUGGUCAACACUGUUGAAGUUCCCGAUUGCCGCAGUAAAUAUUCGCUGUCGUGGUCUGGGUUGCCGAAUUGCUACUGGUGGGUCGACAUCAAAAAAGGCGUCGCUGGUGUGUACUUGUCCCAGCUUCUCCCAACGGGUGAUCAAAGGGCUGUCGAACUUCUGGCCGAAUUUGAGAAGGCCGUUUACGCUGCCUUCGAAUGA